GGCGAUCUCAAUUUUAUAAUAAUUAUAAUAAACAAACUCAAAUUGCAGUCAUAAUAAUUAAUAAAUGUCAUAUUCAAUUCAAGGUGUAGCACUACUUUUAUCUAUAUAAAUACAACACAAACUUCUUCAUAUGUUUUAUUGCACACACCCAAUUUCUAAUAUUUACACACACACACACACUAUAAUAGAUACAUACAUGGCUGCAGGUGUUAUUACAAGGCAUCAAUAUUAUUGCAUUACUCAUUUCAUGAACAAUGAGCCCAUGAAAUUUUCUCUCUCAUCACCAAAUGCAGUUGCUAGACAAUAUUCAGUCCAAUUCCCCAAUAAUAAUCAUGUAAGAAUUAAUUCAUGUCACAUUUUUUUUUUUGUCUUCUAGUGCUUAUUUACUACAAAAAUAAAAAAAAUAAAAAAAAGUACAUAUAUAUUAGAAAUUAAUUAUACAUUGAUAUAAUUAAUAUUGUAGAAAUUUCAAGAACUCAACUUGUCUUCAAUGAAUGGGUGUGGAGGUGGUGAUUAUCCAAUUAGAACCCCACUUGGUGUAAUCGAAACUCGAACUCUCCCCGCCGCUCCGACGCCGUUACUUGCGGCCGACAGCCUCAACUCCGCCAUCUACCGCCUCAAGUCGUCCGAUUCUCCGGCGGAGGAUUCCGGGAUUAUUCGUAUUGAGGUACCAAUACAGGAGAAGGUAGAAGCCCUAGAUUGGCUGCAUUCACAGAGCGACACUCUUCUUCCUCGCUGUUAUUUCUCCGGCAGGGAUUCCGGCGACACCGCGCUUAUUCAAAAUCGCAAUGGCGAUGAUCACGCUUCUUCGAACGGCCACGAUUCUCAGCAAAAGCUUCUCAGUGUUGCCGGGCUGGGAUCCGCCGUCUCCUUCCGCCAUCUCCAUCCAUUCUCUCUGGACGAUUGGCAUUCCAUCAAAAGGUUCUUAUCAAAUACGUGCCCACUGAUUCGUGCGUAUGGUGCAAUGCGCUUUGAUCCGAGAUCUGAUAUAGCCCCUGAGUGGAAGGGCUUUGGUUCUUUUUAUUUCAUGGUCCCUCAGGUUGAAUUUGACGAGUUUAAAGGAAGUUCAAUGCUUGCUGCAACUAUUGCGUGGGACAAACGCUUGUCGCGGACCUACGAACAGGCUAUUGCUUCACUUGAGGCUACAAUGUGGCAGGUUUCAUCAGUUGUUCGGAGAUUAAAUGGUAAUACUACUCGUGCUGCGGUACUCCACCAGACUCACGUUCCUAACAAAGUAUCAUGGGAUGCUGCCGUUAACCGAGCUCUUGACUUGAUAAGUAGCAAAAAUUCGACGCUUGUUAAGGUUGUUCUUGCACGUAGCAGCAGACUACUGACCAUGGUAGAGAUUGACCCUUUACAAUGGUUGGCAAGUUUACAGGUUGAAGGAGAUAAUGCUUACCAGUUUUGUCUUCAGCCUCCAGAAUCGCCUGCAUUCAUUGGGAAUACUCCAGAGCGAUUAUUCUACCGAAACCGACUUAACGUUUACAGUGAGGCUUUGGCUGCAACACGAGCUAGAGGAAGAACCGAGUCUCUAGAUUUACAGAUCGGAAAUGAUUUACUUUCCAGUGCUAAAGACCAUCAUGAAUUUGCUGUAGUAAGAGAAAAUAUAAGAGGAAAGUUUGAGACUGUAUGUUCCAGCACAGUAGUGGAACCAAGCAAAGUUCUAAGGAAACUUCCUCGUGUUCAACAUCUUUAUGCUAAACUUACAGGCACAUUGGAGAAAGAAGAUGAUGAGUUUAAGAUUUUGUCUUCCCUUCAUCCAACUCCUGCUGUUUGUGGGCUUCCUACGGAAGAGGCUAGGAUUUUAAUAUCAGAAAUUGAGAAGUUUGACCGUGGAAUGUAUGCUGGCCCUGUUGGGUGGUUUGGAGGUGCAGAGAGUGAGUUUGCUGUGGGAAUAAGGUCCGCACUCGUUGGGAAGGGUGUUGGUGCAUUGUUGUAUGCUGGAACUGGAAUAGUAGAAGGAAGCAAUUCAGACCUCGAAUGGCAGGAACUGGAACUGAAGACUUCACAGUUCAAAAAACUGAUGAAAAACGAGGCACCUCUUUCGGCGAUGAUGGAGAAAAUUGAACUGUAACUUAAAAAGGUCAGUGGUUCUGAACUACUACUCCGUUCAUUACGUGCUUCUAGAAGUUUCAUUCAACUGAACUUCUGUUAGCUCUUGGUUUGUGAACACUUUGAUAAACAUUUUUCGGUGAUAGAUGUCCAAAGGAAAGAUAUGCAUAUGAUGGAGGACCGUAUUGGUUUUCCUUCGAUGGUCAUUAUUUAAGUGGCCCAAAUAUAUUUACUCGCUUAUGAUGAAAAUCAGCCUCUAUUUAUUUCCUGUAAAUAACUGAUUUGUAUAUAAGCAUAUAGAGACAAGAAUCAAGAAAGUUGCCAAGCAGAUGAUUUCUUGAGAUGGAACGAUUUGUAUAUAUUCUUCGUCAAUGAUAUAAGAUGUAGAAAAUAACACAAAACAAUGUAAUUACACUUAGCAAGCUUUCCUGUUUUUUCUCCCUUUGAUUCUGCAAUUUGGCUACUUUCCACUGGCUUAGGUCAACAGACAAUUAGUUCUGCAAGUCCUAUCCUUUUCAUUUGUCUGAAGAAGUACAAAGAAAUCGUCCAUGUUAAGUCUUAACUAAGGAGAAUCAUGUCUUGCUAAUAUAUCCUUUUCUUUUUGGAUUUUUUAUGCAAUCUAAAGGUCAAAGUCUUCAGGUAUUGGUCUGACGUAUCAGGGCUUCUGCAGAUUUGUGCUUAGGAUCUUCAGGUUGUUUGAUAAAUCUCUCUCCGUGAUCGCCACAGGCUGACUAGGCAACAAUCUCUCUUCGCCAUUCAAUAAUACAAGGAAAAAUAACACGUACGAGCACCUUUGUUUUGGGAAUAAAUAUCAUGUACAAGGCAUAAUAGUGGUAUGGCUUGUGUUUGCUAGAAGCCACAUACAAGGACCCAAUGAGCUGUGCUGCUGCAAGGAAUCUGUCAUGGUUCGACUAAGAAAUCAGAACCACAUACAAAAAGAUGGCUAAUCCAUGUAUAUGAAGCUAGAUGUCAAGUGGUUACUCCAUGGAGACGAGGUGGAGGAAAAUGGGAUUGAAGAGGUAUAACUUGACACCGUAUAUAUUGAUGUUAUAUUCCAUAUUCGACUCGUAUUGUCGAGAAGAAUCGGUUUACUGCAAGAACACUUCAUCAUAUGGAUAAAGCAAGAGUCCAUAUUGUGACAGUGGUAUAUGCAUGUUUCUUCCUUUGCUCUUGAAAAGAGGCAGUUGGCAAAAUCAUUAUCAAAUUGAAUUAAUUAUAGUAAUUUAUUUUAAAGGGAAUUAUACCAAUUUAUUAAUAUUGCAAUUUGACUUUCAUUAUUAUUACAGUAGUGUCUACAAUGGUUUAUUUACUUUUUCAAACGUCAUCUGAAUGUUGGCGCCAACUUUGGGCGAAUUUCAUCGAACUAAAAAACAUUAUUGAUUUUGACAUUAUAAAUAGGGUAAAAUUCCACUUU